AUGGAUUCAGCAUCAGAAAAUGUUAAUAGCCUGGCCACCCUGGUUGGCAGUGCUGUAGCGGAGCAACUCAUAACGGCGCAUGUAUCUCAUCUGGUCUCCUUAUCGAACGAAGCAAGCUCGGCCUCAUCCACACAGCACCCAUCCUCAGAACUACUAGCCAUAGGUCUAGCAGCUCUCGAUGCCUUCCUCCAAGCAACCGUCACCGGCCCUGUCCUGCCAGCGAAUGAGUCAAAUCACGUCGAGAAGCUGUUUGUCAGUGCUUGGAAUUCCAGCAAAUCAGAAUCCCAUGAAUCAGCUGUUGCUCUGCAUCAGCUUCGAAGGGCCUGCCUGAGAUAUUUCGAAGUUGAUGGCGUUGUUCCUUAUGCCCACAUUCCUUAUUUAGAACUAUUCUCUCUGGCCAAGUACAUCUUGGUUGAUGUUCUAGCUUCCGAAACAAAAGAUAUCUUUGAGCUGCCUUCGGCUGGAGGGAUUUUAACAAAGCGUAGCCUUGCGUGGGAAAGGCUACGUGUCAACGUCUGGCACUAUAAGAUUAUCACGCAGCCAAGCUUAGGUUCAUCAUCCAACUUCAACAAGAGCUCCCAGUGGAGUGAUGUGCCUACACUGGCAACACAAAUCAGCAAUGAAAUAGACUCUCUUCGAGCAACAAUCCUCAGCACUGAAGUCUGGGCCACGGAAGAAACCUGGACCAGGGAAGAGAAAGCCUUGUUUCUUAUCGAAGCAGCUAACAACUACAUUCUACUUGGUCGUAAUGAUAAGGCAAAAGAAGCCAUAGACGAGGCCGCGCAGGCUACUGGAAUUGCUUACGCUCUGUCUGGAGCUCUUGGAAAGAGGACAAAAUUCCAAGAGAACAACCUCAGUCAGUUAGUUGUCUUUGCAAAGAGUGCCGCCGAACAAGACAUUGAAGGAGCCGUCAGCAAGAAGGAUGAUGAACAGGCCAAGCCAGAUGCUCUCAAGCUCAACGACGAUACUCUGUUGGAGGAGAUCCAUUACGCAAAGGAACCCGCAAAAACCACGACAGCCGUUGAGACUCUGCCGCCUGCGUUGGCAGACUUGGCGCCAGACGACCAGCCACAGCUAUCUGCCCUUGAUGAAAUCAUUCUUCUUACUGAGGCGACAAUCAAGGAUGCCUUUUCGCCCGUCGAUGGCCUCACCUCUGAGCAGAUUAUGCCCUUUGCAGUCCGUGUUUUGACCGACAAGUCCGUCAACUGGCAGAUUUACACACAAGCCCUGCUCGUUCGUUCAAGGAUAGAAAUCCACAGAAGCAGAACAGUUGAGCGCGGUGUCCUCCAGUUACAAGCUGUGGCCGACCAAGUCCUCACUGAUACCACCUUUUCCACUCCAAGCAAAGAAGCUCAGGAAAAUGAGGAAUCUGAUGUCCCAGCUAUUCAGGUCACUGCCCCUGGCCAAGCUACUGCCCCUGUCAACGAUUCCAAACCCACCACUUUCCUGCCCGCCGCAACAAACUCAGAAUCUGCCCCUGCCCACGUUCGUCUCCGUUAUAUCCACGCUCUAUCUACUCCUCCGCGAUGGCAUCUCGAAUCCGAGCUUGCCUAUGCCUGGGCUGGCGUUGGCUCCAUGACAUCAGCCCUAGAAAUCUUCAAGCGUCUCAAACUUUGGGCAGAAGUCGCUCUCUGCUAUGCCAGCAGUGCGGCUGCCGAAGACGAAGACGGUCGAGGCAGCGGAGGAGAAGCCAAGGCCAAGGGAAUCAUCCGCUGGAGACUUUUCAACAAGACCGGAGCCGCAGCGGACUCCACAUCCGAGCCGGAGGAUGAAGUUGUCGGCCAAGACGUCGGCUUUCUCAAAGCAGAGGACUUUUCAGGACCAGAGCGACAACCUCCUCCCCCGAAUGCCGCCCGUCUGUGGUGCAUCCUCGGUGAUCUGGAAAACGAUCCGGCUCACUAUGAGCGCGCAUGGGAAAUCUCCAAGCAGCGCUUUGCUCGUGCCCAAAGAUCCCUAGGAGAAUACUAUCUAGGCCAAAAGGAUCUGGCCAAGGCCCUCGAGGCCUACAAAAAGGCCACCAACGUCAACAGACUCAGUCCCGACAUGUGGGGUCGUCUCGGCGACAUCAGCCUUCGUCUGGGACGCUUUGAAGAUGCCGCAGAGGCUUACAGUCGAUCAAUCAGCAGCGCAAACGAUACCGAAGGAGGUGAAGGCGCCAGGACAUGGAGCAAUCUCGGCAGUGCUCUGUACAGCCUCUACUGCGAGUUGACAGCACCCGGAAAAGACAAGGAAGAGAGCAAAUCUACAAACGGCACCGUCAACGACGACGACGAAGACAACUUCACUGAAGCAGCAGAGGAAAAGAUCAUAUCCCGCGACCCCAACAAGCUCCUCGCCCAAUCCCUCGCAGCAUACAAAAAGGGCGCCUCCAUCGCCCACGACAACUGGCGCAUCUGGGACAACGUCGUCACCCUCGCCUCGCGCAUCUACCCGACCCCCAUCACAGACAUCGUCAUCGCAAUCUCAAACACCAUCCGCAUCCGCAAGUCGGAAACCGCCCUCGACAUCGACAUCCUCUCCGCCCUCCUCCAGGACGCCAUCCUGUCAAAGGAUAAGGCCCCUGCGAGCAGCGGCAUCUACGAACCUGCCCGCGGCUCCGUCGAGCGCGCCGUCAUCCGCCUUAUAGAGGAGCAGAUCACGCCCCUUAUCACUACCCGCUCCGAGCUCUGGACACUUGUCUCACGUCUGCGUGCCUGGCGCAACGACUAUGCCGGCGCAAUCGAUGCUUCGGAACGUGCCUGGCGUGCCGCCGUCGGCUCCUCUGGAAGCGGACUGCUACCCGGCGAAUCUGCCAGCGUCGACUGGACGUCGGACGAAGCAGCCUGGACGGAAGUUGUCAAGCGCACUGACGAGCUGGUCUCCGUACUUGAGAACUGGGGACCUGACGUUGAGACCAUUGGACAGAAGUGGAAGGGCAAGGCGCGAAGUGCCGUCCGCAGCGUCAUGGGACGAGGAAAGGCGACGUGGGAGGAUAGUCAGGGGUGGCGAACGUUGGAGAAUCUCAUGGAGGGAUUGAAAAUAGACAGGAAUUGA